CCACUGACCCGUAUCUUUUGGCUCUCUCUCUUUCUCUUAACUGCCAGGUUUCACUACGUCGUUUCCUUUUUGGCUCGCUACACCUAUUCGUUUCUCUCCAAAUUGUUCUCUUGUUUAGCUCUCAUUCGAUGUGACGGACUAUAUCUACUUAACUGACUAGUACCACUUUUACGUGAUUUUGGGGCCUUAACGGCCCUUCUCCGUUUUUCCCUUUUUCAUUUCCGUUCCCCACAUCCGCCAAUCUUGUCCAACCGCGUUCCUAUAUGUACCAGUAGAUCAACCGGUCGCUUCUCUUGCCCGGUGAGAAUGUCGAUGACCUCGAUUCAGCAUUUCACGAGGUCCUUCUCUCCUUUUUCUUCAGGGACCCAGCCGGUCGGAAUGGCGCCAUCUCAGACGGUCGGGCUGGAUACGCUCGCCGAGGGUUCGCAAUACGCGCUGGAGCAACUGCAGCUGUCGCGAGAAGCCAAUGGGGCCAGUGCUGUCGACGGUGGAGUUCCUAACCCUCUUAGAAGCUCAAUUUCCAAACCCCAGAGCCAGCAGCUUUACAGCGAUGAGUCCUCCACCCAACAUACCCAGAACGCAACCACCGGGUUCAGAAACCUGCCUCAACGGGACCAACUGGCAGAGGCUCGCUCGACGAUCCGCAAAAGUUCAAACUCCGGUCCCGUCCGCCGAAGAAUCAGUCGCGCAUGUGACCAGUGUAAUCAGCUUCGGACGAAAUGCGAUGGGCAAAACCCAUGUGCGCAUUGCAUCGAAUUUGGCCUCACUUGUGAAUAUGCUCGAGAACGCAAAAAACGUGGCAAAGCAUCCAAAAAGGAUCUCGCUGCGGCUGCCGCCGUCGUAGCCAACAAUGGCACCGCGUCGACGUCAAACGGCAAUACAUCCAACGAUUCCGCAUCGUUAGCUAAACAGCACACCUCUUCGGAUGGUCAAUCAACGCAAGAGGUCAGCGGGAGAUACGAUCCGACCUUUGAUGCCACCCGAACCCUGACGACAGCGGGACAGUCGCAAUUAGGGCAGCACUCAGAUAUGUCAGGCAUGGCGGGGAUGCAGGGCUCGCAACAGACCCCGCACUCUCAGCCACCCCUAGGUGGUGCAAUCGAUGCCAUUCACUUGAAUCACUUCAACACUCUUAAUGAUUCCAACCGACCGCAGAUGUCUGUUCCCGAUCUUCGUUCAUUGCAGAUGCUGCAUCCAUCCGGCGCAAAUACCCGGUCUCCGUCGGGAGCACUGCCACCUCAAGGGUUGAAUUCCGGCUAUAAUGACGGCGCUUAUUCUCUGAUGAACGCGCCAGAAACAAAUCACCCAUCAAUCAACCAAUACCGACUCGGGAACUCUGCUGAAAAUCCUCCGGCGCCUUUUCUAGGCUUAUCUCCCCCAGCGCAAUCGCCAGGAUGGCUAUCACUCCCUUCACCAUCCCCUGCAAAUUUCGCUUCCUUUAGCAUGCCUCCAUUUUCCAGCACCUUGCGGUACCCUGUCCUUCAGCCCGUCCUCCCUCAUAUCGCCUCGAUCAUUCCUCAGUCAUUGGCCUGUGAUCUCCUCGAUGUCUACUUUACCAGCUUCUCCCCUUCCCACCUGUCGCCACAAUCCCCGUAUGUUGUCGGGUAUAUCUUCCGAAAACAGUCGUUUCUCCAUCCCACAAAGCCGAGGGUAUGUAGUCCUGGCUUACUGGCUAGUAUGCUAUGGGUUGCCGCGCAAACGAGCGACGCAGCGUUCCUAACAUCUCCGCCGUCUGCUCGGGGCAGAGUAUGCCAAAAGCUCUUGGAACUCACGGUUGGCUUACUCCGGCCGCUGAUCCAUGGCCCCGCCCCCGGGGAAACAUCUCCCAACUAUGCUGCUAAUAUGGUCAUCAACGGUGUGGCUCUGGGAGGAUUUGGCGUCUCCAUGGAUCAACUUGGCGCGCAAAGUAGCGCAACAGGUGCUGUAGAUGACGUUGCCACGUACGUUCACUUAGCGACCGUGAUCUCUGCCAGCGAGUAUAAGGCAGCUAGCAUGCGUUGGUGGACGGCAGCAUGGUCUCUCGCUCGCGAAUUGAAGUUGGGACGUGAAUUACCACCGAAUGUCUCCCAGUCGAGACAGGACGGCGAGCCUGAGGACGAUACAGAUGUCGACAUGUCAAAACGUAACCUCCCUCCUCUUGUCACAUCGGUCGGAGGUAGCUCUGGAAGCACGAUUCUCAAUUUCACUGAGGAGGAACGAGAAGAACGCCGGCGUCUUUGGUGGCUACUCUAUGCAACAGAUCGCCACUUAGCGCUCUGCUAUAAUCGCCCCCUGACACUACUGGACAAGGAAUGUGAAGGACUCCUCCAGCCGAUGAAUGAUGACUUAUGGCAGGCUGGCGAUUUUGCUGGUGCCACUUACCGGCAGGUAGGGCCGCAGGUAGAGUGUACUGGACACAGCAUGUUCGGUUUCUUCCUGCCCUUGAUGACAAUUUUGGGUGAAAUUGUCGACCUCCAACAAGCAAAGGAACAUCCCCGAUUUGGUCGCGUCUUCCGGAAUAGUGCAGACUGGGACCACCAAGUGCUGGAGAUCACCCGCCAACUGGAUACAUAUGCUCAGAGCCUGAAAGAAUUCGAGGCUCGUUACACUAGUAGUCUAACUCUGGGGGCUGGGGAAAAUGAGGCCGCUAUGGAAGGAUCGCAUUUGGACCAUGUGAGUCCAUCUGGCCGUUCCACUAGUACGGCUGGGUCGCGGGUGAAUGAGUCCAUCGUGCAUACGAAAAUGGUAGUCGCCUACGGAACCCAUAUCAUGCACGUCCUACACGUGCUGUUGGCGGGGAAAUGGGACCCUAUCAAUUUGCUUGAGGACCAUGACCUCUGGAUAUCUUCAGAGUCGUUCAUAGCCGCAAUGAGCCAUGCAGUCGGCGCUGCUGAUGCUGCAGCUGACAUAUUGGAGUACGAUCCAGAUAUAACUUUCAUGCCCUUUUUCUUCGGAAUAUAUUUACUGCAGGGCAGUUUUCUGCUCCUACUUGCAGCCGAUAAGCUUCAGGGUGAGGUCAGUCCUAGUGUCGUCCGUGCGUGCGAAACGAUUGUUCGUGCACACGAGGCUUGCGUCGUGACACUGAACACUGAGUAUCAGAGGACAUUCCGCAAGGUCAUGCGUUCGGCUUUAGCGCAGGUUCGUGGGCGCAUGCCUGAAGAUUUCGGUGAACAGCAACAGCGUAGGCGAGAAGUGCUAGCCCUCUACCGCUGGGCCGGUGAUGGCAGUGGUCUUGCACUAUGAUGAACGCCGCCGCCAUCAAAUUACUCUUAACUUGCAUCUUUGCCAUCUGCAUAGCUGGCAAACCUGACGACGUGAUGCGAUCUCAUGACAUUUAUUAAUUGAAGAGGCCCGGUCGGCCUUGGGGUCCAGGAGUUCAAAAGGCAACCUAGUAUAUGGGCUGUGUUACUGCUUCCUUCCUUUUUUUGUUAGUCUCUCGACUUGUCUAUCGUUGAAUAUUUUCGCUUCUCGCCAAGUUCGUUGCACUUCGAAGUUUGGCUCAGCACGUAUUUUAGGUCAAGUUGGCAGUCCGUCCGAAGGACCGACAGGGCCCCUUUGACACAUUUACCAUUUUCAGUAUAUAGUUUUCGCCCCCUGGUUCUUUGUCUACUGUUGAUGUGACCUGUACACUAUCGUCGGUUUUAUUGCUUAUAUCACUGCUUGGUAUCCACAGCAGUAUAGUUCUAUUAUAUAUACCCACAAUUCAAAAAUCAAUACAUGUCAAUAAUGCACACAUA